UGCAUGCAUGGGCUGAUGCCUCCCAUCUUUGCACUUAAUUUUUCUUCUUUUCUGGUUCUAUACUGUGAUGAAUGGAAGAGUAGAAUAGCAACAAUCCUCAAUUCAUACCAACAAUGGCGAUGAAGCAAAAUGUUGUUAUAUGUAGGGCGAUAAGGAACGAUCACGCCUUUGGUAUUUUCUACGGCCAAAAUCCAUUGAAGUAUUCUUUUCCUCUUUUGCUGUUAGAGUUGUCGUCUAUCAUUAUCAUUUCUCGUGUUGUUCGGUUUCUCCUCAAGCCUCUAAGACAGCCAAAGGUUGUCUCGGAAAUCAUUGGUGGCAUUAUACUUGGACCAUCUGUAUUAAGCCGUAGUAAGAAAUUUCAUAGCUAUAUGUUCCCUGAUAAUGCGGAUUAUGUGAUAAAGAAUCUUGGAGUAAUGGGAUUCAUGUAUUUCCUCUUCAUGGCUGGGGUGAAAAUGGACUUAUCAAUACUAAGGAGAGUCGAUAAAAAACAUUGGUAUAUUGCACUGGUUGGAGUACUUGUACCGUUGAUUGGUAGCUUAAGCAUCGCGAUUAUGGUGAGGAAAUCUUUGGACAAGGAACUGGCGAAAGUUUCUUCAAUUUGGGGUGUUACGUCAUCUUUGGCUAUCACAGCAUUUCCUGUUUUGUACUCCAUUGUGAAGGAGCUCAACCUAGUGAGCUCUGAGAUCGGACGGAUGGCCUUGUCGUCAGCAGUAAUCAGUGAUGUGAUCGGAAUCACUGGGGUUAUUAUAUUCGAGGCGACCAAACAGGGGGAACAUAAGCCUAUAGCUGGUUUGUUGUAUCUUGUUUCAUUGGUAGUCUUUAUGGCAUCGAUCAUGGGUGGUGUUAGGCAAGCCAUGUUGUGGAUUGUGCGAACAACCCCCCAAGGGAAGCCAGUUGAUCAAAUUUACGUUGUCAUCAUAUUGUUGAGUGUUAUGGUAGCUGGAUUUUUCGCUGACAUGUUUGGCCUAGCCAUUGCUAAUGGACCGUUGUGGCUUGGGUUGGUUGUCCCCGACGGCCCCCCACUGGGAGCGAUUCUUGUGGAGAAAAGCGAGACAAUUGCCAUGGUUUUUCUCAUGCCGUUUUCAUUUAUGUAUGUUGGCAUGAUCACGGGAUACACAAUUAAAAUGGCUGCCACUCUCAUCAUAGCUCGUUACUUGGACUUGACAAUUAGAGAUAGUCUCACUCUUAGCUUAAUAAUGAGUCUAAGGGGUGAAGUGGAACUUCUUUUGUUUCUGCAUUGGAUGGACUUUAAGAUGAUACGGCAGGAACAUUUCACAAUUCUAGUUCUAUUAACUGCAGUUGUGACUGCAUUAUUCACACCCUUAAUCAGUAUUUUGUAUGAUCCGACAAGGCCUUACAUGGUGAACCGGAGACGAAAUAUUCAACAUACACCUCCUAACACUGAACUCCAUAUCGUAGCUUGUAUCCAUGAAGAAGAAAAUCUGUACGGACUUAUGAAAUUACUCGAACUCUCUAAUCCAACGGUUGACAGUCCUUUCUCAGUCUACACUUUGCAUCUCAUUGAGCUCGUUGGUCGUAGCAACCCAGUGUUCAUUGACCACGAGAAUGAAGAUAAAAAAGAUGAUCGGUCUCACAUCAGUUCAAUCCAUAAUGCUUUAAAGAUUUUUCAGGAAACCAGAGGGGAGUUCAUAAAGAUAUAUCCUUUUACAGCAAUAACCAUCAAGAGAAGCAUGUACCAGAACAUCUGCGAGUUGGCUCUUUGUAAACAUGCUUGUUUGAUCAUCGUACCAUUUCACAAGAAACUGACAGAUAACCACUCAGGGACGAGAACCCUUAAGCAAGUACAAUCGGUGAGCUCUAACGUCUUGUCGCACGCACCUUGCACUGUAGGGAUCCUAGUCGACAGAAGUACCUACCCAAAUAUGGUUAAUGGCGUUUUGAGAAGCUCGAUGCAUCACCUUGUCGUUCUUUUCUUGGGUGGAGCAGAUGCGAGGGAGGCCCUUUGUUAUGCAGACCGUGUGGCUGCAAGUCCAGCCAUAUCGCUCACGGUCAUCAGAUUUCUCCCAAACCGAGACGACGAAGAAACUGAAAUGGAGAAGAAUCUCGACGAUGGCCUAGUGACAUGGUUUUGGGUGAAAAACGAAGGGAAUAAUCGUGUUGUUUACCGAGAGGUGGUGGUAAAGAAUGGCGAAGAAACCAUUGCUGCAAUCCAGGCAAUGAAUGGCGACUGCUGUGAUCUUUGGAUUAUGGGAAGAAAGCAUGGAAUAAAUCCUGUUCUUCUACAGGGACUAUCAAACAAGAGGGACAACAGUGAGCUUGGUGUUAUAGGAGAUUACGUUGCAUCCAUGGAUUUCGGCAGCAGGGCUUCCAUUUUGGUAGUGCAACAACAAAUUUUAAGAGGGCAAAAGCGAGCUUCAGCAUUUUCGUGGUGUACAAAGUGGCGGUUGAUGUAAAAGUAGUCGAUACAUUUUAGCAUACAUUAAGAUUGCUUUACAAGAAACUGUAUAUCGUUGAAAGAGUUCUUGUAAGCUUGCUUCCGGUCAUUCCUACUAGACUUAUGAUGUAUUAUACAUGUGCAUAAAGAUAUUUAGGAACAAGAAAGUACAUUAGACUACUUUUUUGGUAUGCUUUUAGGACCUGCAAAGCGAAACCACAAUCCUAAUUGAUUCAUUAACCUUUACAAACUUCUUACAUCCAU